CUGGUUGAGGAGCUUUGGGCCCUCUGCUUCACCAGGGGUCCUCCCUCCACAGGCCUCCACCUCCUCAUCUCCUCCCCACCUUGGCCUACCUCGGAGCGGCGGCUUGCGUCACGUGUUUUCUUCCCGUACAAAUGUUCCAGUGGGAGAGCGCAGAGGAGCACACACAUAUCAGCAAUUAUCAGCGACAGCCCCUAUCUGCAGAUACACCGAGAGGAAGAGACGCGCUGCAGCGAUCAGAGGAUUCAAACAAGAAGCAAAGCAAAGAGUCCCAGAAAGAAGCGGCUUUGAUUCCAUCAUCUCCAACUUUUUUAUGCGCUGCAACUGAGGGCUGCGGAGAAGUUCUGUGUUUGCGCGAAGUGACCAGAUUUCCCCAGUGCGCUCCUCUCUUGAUGCUGAGUUUCUGCUGAGGGGCACCGGGCUGCUUUAUCACCGGACCGUCCUUAUCUGGUGAGAUAACACUCUGAGAGUCCUGGGAAUGGAGAAAACGCGCGAAUGCAGCGGAGAGCCAUUAUCAACUUUUGCGAUUUGAAUUACUAUUCAUGGAAGAAAAUAUUUCCGGGAAUUUUGCUGAAUAACCAUUGGUUCAAAAGCACAGAAACGUUUCCCCGGGCAGAACUGGGGACAACCGGAAUCUCCAUCUGAUCUUCAGGUUCCUCUGAAGGCUACAAGUUGUCAGAAUGUACCAAAGCCUGGCCCUGUCCUCCAACCAGUCCCCUUACCCCCAUGACACCGGGAAUUACAUCCACCCCUCGGCCAGCUCUCCGGUGUACGUCCCCACCACCAGGGUCCCGGCCAUGUUACCCACUCUGCCCUACCUGCAGACCUGCGAUUCGAGCCACCAGUCCCACGGCCUGGCCGGGCACCACGGCUGGGCACAGAGCGCGGCUGACGGCUCCUCCUUCGCAACCAGCAGCCCUCACCCUCCGCACGGCUUCUCCUACUCGCACAGCCCGCCGGGCAGCACCAACACCGGGCGGGACGGCGGCUACCAGAGUCAGUACGGAGGGACGCUGAUGCGCUCCGUGGGGGGCUCAUAUUCCAGCCCGUACGCUUACAUGAGCCCAGAGAUGGCCACGUCUUCAUGGACCCCGGGACCCUUUGAAAGCGGUGUGAUCAGUCUACAUGGCCGGCACGGAGCUCUGAGCGGACGGAGGUCCAGUCUGGAGCUGAUGGACGACAUGCCCACAGAGGGCAGGGAAUGCGUGAACUGCGGCUCCGUGUCCACGCCUUUGUGGCGCAGAGACGGCACCGGUCAUUACCUUUGCAACGCCUGCGGCCUCUACCACAAGAUGAAUGGCAUCAACAGGCCGCUCAUCAAGCCCCAGAAACGGCUGCAGACCACAUCCCGCCGGGCCGGCCUGUGUUGCACCAACUGCCACACCAGCACCACCACAUUAUGGAGACGCAAUGCUGAAGGAGAGCCCGUCUGUAACGCCUGCGGUCUCUACAUGAAGCUGCACGGGGUGCCCAGACCUCUGGCCAUGAAAAAAGAAAGCAUUCAGACAAGGAAGCGUAAACCCAAGAUACUGAAGAAUAAAACAUCCGCAGGGUCCAUCACGUCAGACACCAGCUCCCCAUCCUCCCUUUCAGUCUCUGAACAAGCCUCUAGCAUUAAAAGUGAGCCCAGCAUGGCCGCGUCACCCUAUGCAGGGCAGACCAUCACAUCUGGCACUCAGCAGACUGCCUCUCAACUAGACAGCACAGGAUCUGGACAUGUGGACAUUAAAUACGAGGAUUAUCCUUUUUCCCCAACAUCAAUGGCUUCACAGAAUUGGUGCGCUCUGUCUCAAGCAUGAGCAUCCUCAGAGAACCAGACUACCUUAGCAACUAAACCGAACUUCACUGAAAGGACAAUCCUCUUCAUCCUGCAACACCUUCCACUGACUCUAGAGCUCUGGAGAACCUUUAUUUGGAUCAAAAUGGGCUGAAUACAAAAAGAAGGCUACCUACUACCAAUUAAUCUUGGAAUGUUAUUGAAGACACUGGCUGUAAAUGAACAAAUUACUUACACCCGGAGCAGUUCCUAACAGGACUUUCAAAGUUCUAUUUUAUAGGAGUGUUGUCAAUCUACAACAAACUCAUAAACAACUCAACAAGAGCUAAGAACUUGGACUGACAUCUGUCCAACAAGCUAUAUCUCCUCUUUACAUCAACAUAAACUACCUUUUUUUUUAAAAAUGUUUUUGGAGAAACAUUACGCUAAACAGAGUGCAUCAAUGAAAAGACAUCAAGUGGAAUGUAAAAAGAUAAUGAUACAAUAACCACAUUUUAAAGCUUCUGUACUGUAUUGCCUUUUUUUCUCUUUCUUGUUGCUUUGUGUCCACCCUCACAGCUUUUAAGAACAAUCCCAGUGUGUUUCAGAGCAAUUUAAAAGAAAUCGGACAGAAAAUAAGUCUUUAUGGCUGUUAAACAUGUCUCAUUACCAACAUGUAGAUGAUUAACGUUUAUAGGCACAUUAUUUAUGUUGAGAUAAGGACAGUUAAAAGUCAUCGUGGACACUAAAACUAGCCGGUUGUAAACCACUGCUCACUGCGCCUCCGCUACAAGGCUCAGUUUGUUUUACAUUUGUUUUACAAAAACCACAGAAAAAACAUGUCUUAUAAAUGUCAAAUGAAAAUGUCCCACUACCAAAGGUUUACCAUUUUACUGGCUCAACAUUCAACAUUGAUAAAAGUGCAAUGAAUUAAUUUGAAGGGAAAUGCCAAGUGUGUGAAUUAUUGUAAUCAUAAUGUAAUUUUCAGUGUUUUGUUAAUAUGUAACAAGAUGUGAGUAGAUUCUAUGAGAAGCUUUUUGUUUCUGUUGCUAUUUUAUUUUUUGAUGUUUGAAAUCUAUUCAGGUUAAUAAACAUAUUAUAAUUUGAUAUAAUUAA